UGGUUGUUAAUCCGGUAAUUGACAAAGUCUAACGUUAUCCUGCGUAUUUCAAACACACCACAGUGAAAAUGUCAUGAUGAGUGAAUUUGGAUCUCUUGGAGAUGGAAUAUUUUCUUCAAACUCGAGACACUCUUCCUCAAGCAGAAGUUCUAGCGACCGGUUGUAUCCGUCGCUUUUUGAAUCCGACGAAGAUAGCCCUGAUAGUGAUUGCUUCAGCACUGUAAGCGAAUCACGUUCAACGCCACCACUGACCAGACAAAAGAACUUACUUUACCCUGUUAAUGAAGAAGUAGAUCAUUUACGUCCAGAAGAGGUCCGGUGGCUUUAUAAAUCAAAAACUGAUAAGAAAUGGCAUGCCUUUAUUGGCUAUGAUUCUUUACGAAUUGAAUGUCGUUUUAGAGCCUUACAAACUAUAGAUGAAGACGAAGAUAUUAUUGAUAAUGAUGUAAUUUCAGUACGAGGAGGCCUUUAUGAAGUAGAUGUAGUACUGAAAACAUGCAAACCAGUUUAUUGGUCUGGAGAUCUAGAUGAAUCUGAAAUAACACGUGGUCUAUGGUUUUAUGAACAGGACUGGCAACCUCUGGAGGAAGAUUAUAGUCAGCAAUUAGAAGCAGAACAUAUGUCCAAAUUUCUUGGUCGUAGGUUGGAUGACUUUGUUCCAUCUCCAUUAAAAGGGAAGAAACCAGUUAUACUUCUUUUAAAAUUUGAAUGGUUUUAUGUGGAAUGGAACGGGCCUAAUGAUGUUUAUCUGUAUAGUGAGUCCAUGUCUUCUAAAUUUGCCAGAGCAGUCGGGAAUAAGCUGGGCUUGCAGCGAGCUGGCUCUCGACUACAGAGAGGUUACAGAUACGAAGCUGUAAUGGACGACAAGCCACCUGAUAUCACACAUUUAGUAUUUGUUGUUCAUGGUAUUGGUCAAAAGAUGGACACUGGUAGUAUAGUCAAAAGCUGUAUAGAACUGAGAGAGAAAUGUGUCAUUAUAAAGAACAAAACCUUUCCACAGUUGGAUUAUGAUAAUAAAAGAGCAGAAUUUUUACCUGUAGAAUGGCGGUCAAGCUUGACUUUAGAUGGAGAUACAGUAGAUUCCAUUACACCAAACAAAAUGUUGGGAUUUAGAUCUAUCUUGAACAGUAGUGCUAUGGAUAUAUUAUACUAUACAAGUCCCCUUUACAGAUCUGAGAUUACUCAAAGUUUACAGACACAGAUAAACCAAUUGUUUGAUAAAUUUUGUGCUAAAAAUCCCUAUUUUAUGCCUAGCGGAGGCAAGAUAUCUGUUGUUGCUCAUUCACUCGGUGCUGUUAUUACUUAUGAUAUACUGACGGGCUGGAACCCUAUAACUCUGUAUGAUCAGCUGGUCUCCAAAGUCAUUGAUGAAGAAAAGGAACAAGCACAGGGGUCAGAUGAACUUUUAAAUGAGUUGAAUGAAGCCAAGAAAAGAGUGAUAGAGUUGGAAACACUAUUGACUGGUGUCCACGACAAACAGAAUUCGGCAAAUUCAGCCUUAAAAUUUCAUGUUGAUAAUUUGUUUUGUGUUGGAUCCCCACUGGCUGUUUUCUUAGCUUUACGAGGAGUUAGACCUACGCCUAAAGGAACUAUAGAUCAUAUAUUACCACAGUCUGUCUGUAAACGUCUUUUUAAUCUCUAUCAUCCCUAUGACCCUGUAGCUUAUAGAAUAGAACCAUUGAUAUUGAAGCAUUAUACCACCGUGAUGCCUUUACCUAUACAUAAAUAUGAUGCAGCCAAUAAAGUGCCAUACCAAACAAUGAAAACCAAAGCUUAUGCUGCUUUUGAAUCAACUUCGAGGUCAGGGUCCAUGGAAAAGUUGACUGAGAAAGGUGAUAAAGCAGACACUACCAGCAUGAAUGGAACUGAACCUGAGGUGACGGGAAGUGCUGAUACUUCACCCUCUAGGCAACCUAGAUUCUCUUUUAUUGGUCAUUUGUUCAAAAAGAAGGAAAUAAAAGACCAAAUGAGUGCAGAACUGAAAAAUUUAGAGAAAAUGGAGAAAGAAGGAGAGGAAAUUGAGUUGACAUUUGACAAACAAUCUAGAAGUGUUUCCAUGACAGUACUUCCAGUUGAGCAAGCAGAACAAACUGACUUGGAGUACAGAAUAGAUUACCAGAUAAGACUUGGGAAUUUUACCAACAGUUAUAUCUCAUUGUUGACAUCACACACCUCAUACUGGGGAAAUAAAGACUUAGCCUACUUUAUACUUACUCAUUUGUUUCCUGGUCUGGAAGACUCUUGAUUGAUAUAGAAAAUUAGCAUUCUUCAAAAACACUCAUUUGACCCAGCAUGACCGAUUGGUGGAUAUUCUUAUUUUGUUGACAUAACGCAGAGAACUUUCUUACUUAGGUUUUGGGUCCUUUGAGAGUUGAUAUAUUGCAAUUUACAUUAUCUGCAUAAAAUGUAGACUAAUUUCAAAACCAAAGGUCAGUUUUGAUGUGUAUACUAUUUUUGCAGAACAAAAAAUCAACCUGGGUAAACAGAUUUA